AUGGAGUGGCCUCGUUUCCUGCUGAUAGCUGCUGUGCUGGUGGCAAUACCGCAACAUGCGGCAGACGCCGAUGCCGACAAUGCGCCACUUGGUGGCCCCGGCCCCGGCCCCGCUGACAGAUUGCAUGUUCUAGCCCACAAGGAUUUCCCACAGUUCGAGGCAGCUGAGACCGGGAGAGACUUGACGCUACUCUUCCGGGAUGGCAGGGUAACAGAAGAAUUUGAUUGCUCCACGCCUCGGGCCAAAGAUCUGCCCGGCAUGGAUUUUCGGAGGUUGGAAUUGUCCGCAAGCUCGACUGCUGGUGUCUCUUCCAUGUGGGCGAACCUGUGGGGAAGUUCGGAAGCAGAUGCUACACCGCCGGAGUCCCUGUGGCUUACGGAGGCACGCAUCUCAAGCUCUGGCGGAGACACACUCAUGCCAAGGCUCAGCGUUUCCUUAGACACAGAGCCGCAGAAAGACGGGCCGAUUCAGGUGACUGAAGAGGCGCAGUUCCAGAGUGAGCUGACCGUUUACUAUGACUGCUGGCAGAAUGGCGAGGCACGCGUCGAGCUACACCUAACACUGGCGACCGACGAGGGGGGUAACCAUAGCCAGGAGAUUUGUCUAGGCUGGUUGAAGGUUUGCCGCUUAGGCUUUGAAGGCCUCGUGGUGCGUCACGGCGAGUAUAGCGAAUGGCCCAUCUACCCCACCUCCGAUGAUAGCGGAGUUUCCACGCCACCUUUACUGGACACAGAGGGUAUCCUCGAGGAUGUCACUAAGCUGCAGCUUUCCUCACCAGACGGCACCAUCCGAUUACAGUCGCCGACAGUAGCCAGCUCGGAUGACAAGCUCCUGAAAGUUGACAUUAGGGGCGCGGCCCUGACGAUGACUCAGGGCGACUUCUUCCUCGAGGUAGGCAGCGAGCCCACAGAGAUUUCUGUCAUCUACACCUGCCAGGGAGCUGGCACCGCAGACGUGGAGCUGGGCCUUUGGCGCGCGGUGAUAACAUCGGCCCAUGCUGCCGAGGGGCUCCAUUUGCAUUGGCGCAAGCAGUGUGGUGAGGCCAGGUACAAGUUCAUGGACAUCUUUCUGAAAAGCGAUAUGAACAUGUCCAAAACGCAGGCUGUUGCACACGGCCGUGUUCUGCCGGGCUUUGAGCCGCGAUGUCGAAACCAAAGCAGGAGUAGCCAUCCUGCCGUGGAUGCCAUGGGACCCAACAAGUCUCCAUCCCAGACCUGUGGAUCUCAGUUACCUGUGGUGGAAGUCAGUGAGAAGGAGUCCAAGACCAAUGUUGAGUUGCGCGUGGAUCCGGACGGUAUGGUUUUGCCUCCGGCUCUGCAGCACCAACCAGCUGUAUCCUUCGACCAGCGGAUCGUAAAGGCCUUCAUCGCGCGGAUGCCCGAGCCCUUUGUGCGAGGAAGGAGCAAAGUGCCUUGUACCAACUGCGACUCCUCACUACGGGCAGCGGCUCCUAAGGCUACAUCUCAAAGUAUGAUCAUUAAGUACAUCUGUCACAAAGAAGGCAUCAGCCCGAUCAUGCUCACAGUCUAUCUGGACGGGUAUAAGCCCAUCGAUGUCGCAUGGCAGAAGAAAUGUCGGGAGCCAAAGAAGCCGCAUGUCGGCAGAGCGCUUACCGCGCCUCAAGCCAUGACCAUGGCUUUCCUGGUGUGUGGACUCAUCGGCGUCGUUGUUUGCAUGGUAUGCCUCUUCUGCAGCUCUGACUCGAAAGAGAAAGAGAAGCUGUUCUUGGGACGAGGAACGAGCGGGGGAGGUCGACAAAUUGAGUUCGGUCGUCUCGGACCUGACUCGCAAAGAGUUGGCAUCGGCUCGGACGAUGAGGUGGUAUUUCACUGA